CUGUUGCAUACGCGUUGCAUGGUUGCAUACGUGUCUAUCGUGUCCGUGAGAUUGUCAUGUCAGUCGCGUGAUCGUGAUUGGGUUCGGGUGAUGGGAUUGUAGUCGCGCAACGAAUACAUAUUGUAAUUACGUGCGCACAAGUGCAUCGGCAUCGCACGCGGUGUACGCGAAUAAAGAAACGGACGAUACACGCGCAAUAACGGCGUCGCGUUAGCUGCAGCCCCAUUCGUGCCAUUUAUGACCCGCCCGAUGUGAUCCGCGAGCGCGGCGACUCCGAAAGGGCGACGAUUCCGAUGGAUCGUCGUUGCCUGUCCGCUGCCACUGUCACCGAUACCGAUUGGCAUCGGCACGGUGUUUAACGGUCUCGACUUGGAUUCAUCCGGCGAGCCGUCAUGCCUUCGAUCUCGAGAGUCCUGUCUUGUCUUGUUUAAAUAAAGGUACGCAACGGCAAUGUCAACGAUGGCGAGCCCUGCCGUCGGCAACAGCUCUGAGAAUAUCUCCAAAUUCUUGGAGACUCUGCAGUCGGAUCUCAAAGUACUUGCCGCGGAAACUAAGAAGAAGUAUCCGCAGAUCAAAGAGUCAUGUGAGGAAGGAAUCGUGAAGCUGAGGACCGCGUCCAAUAAUCCAGGAACACCAAUAUACUACAUCGUAAAUCAAGUACUCUAUCCUUUAGUUCAAGGUUGCGAGAGUAAAGAUGUGAAAAUCAUCAAGUUUUGUCUGGGCAUGAUGCAAAGACUGAUAACGCAGCAGGCAGUAGAUCAGAAGGGUGCGAGAUACAUUACGGAUACUUUAUGGUUAUUAAUGGAGUCAGGUACGGAGGAAGUUAAAGUCUUGCAAACCGUGACUCUGCUGCUAACGAGUAAUGCCGUGGUACAUGGAGAUACUCUAGCAAGAAACCUGGUACUCUGUUUUCGGUUACACUUCACGAAAGACUGUACAACGAUAAACACAGCUGGUGCUACUGUGAGACAGCUAGUAUCUCUGGUAUUCGAAAGAGUAGUCGCCGAAGACGAGCAAAGUCCUGAUCAACCGGAUCCCGAUGAAGUUAAUUUAGAAGAACUAAAGAUUCCGACAAAUCAAGCGCCUAAAGGUCUCGGUCCUUGCGCUGCUGAUGCGUACUUGAUGUUUCAGGAUCUAGUUCAAUUGGUAAAUGCUGAUCAACCGUACUGGCUAAUAGGCAUUACUGAAAUGACUAGAACCUUUGGCUUGGAAUUAUUGGAAUCAGUUUUAACAAACUUUUCAUCGGUCUUUUUUAAGCAUCCAGAAUUUAGCUUCUUACUGAAGGAGAGAGUGUGCGCACUUGUGAUAAAAUUAUUCUCGCCUAAUAUCAAGUAUCGUAAUUCAGUGCCAGCGUCUCUGCAGCAAGCUACGCCUUUGGAUAAGCCUUACUUUCCUAUUAGUAUGAGGCUGCUGCGAGUUGUAUCGAUUUUGAUACAAAAGUAUCAUUCGUUGCUGGUGACAGAAUGUGAAAUCUUCCUGUCCUUGAUCGUGAAAUUUCUGGAUCCUGAUAAGCCUACCUGGCAAAGAGCCCUGGCAUUGGAAGUCUUGCACAAAAUGACAGUACAAGCAGAUUUGCUGACAAACUUUUGUGAAUGUUACGACUUGAAGCCACACGCUACAAAUAUUUUUAAAGAUAUCGUCAACAGUCUAGGUGCUUAUGUACAUAGCCUUUUUGUGAAUCCACAGAUGAUGAGUCAGACAGCAACAAGCACGACUGUGCCGCAGAACGCAGGUUCGCCGUUAUUCACGGGAAUGCCUAUUGGUCCUGGCGUAUCGCCGCAACCUGGUUUUUAUUCACGCGGCAUCUGGUUGCCGGUAGUAGCGACGUUUACAAGCGGACAAGCCAAACCGACUUAUUUGGAAAUGUUGGAUAAAGUCGAGCCGCCACAAAUACCGAUUGGCUAUGGAAUCAGUAUAGCCUAUGCGUGCCUGCUAGAUAUCAUAAGAUCAAUCGCGCUGGCCAUAAACGGAUCGAAAGACGAUGGUGCCGAAGGCCAAGUUUAUCAGUCGAGCGAGUCCGAACGGAAGCUUCACGUACAAUUGAUAAACUCUAGUUGGUGCGGUCUAUUGGCAGCUCUCAGCCCAUUGAUCGAUGCCAGCACAGACGAAUCCGCGACGGAGAAUGUGCUGAAAGCGAUACAGAGCUUUGCGUCUCUAUGUGGACAAUUGGAUUUGCAAGCGCCGCGCGAUACCUUCAUCACCGCGAUAUGUAAAGCUUCGCUACCGCCCCAUUACGCCUUGACCGUGCUGUAUAACGCGCCCCAAGGUAUACCAAGCGCAAGGCAACAAGACUCCUCUCAGUACAACUUGACAAUGGGUGAACCCGAUUAUAGGCAGCAAGUAGUCGCCGUUGGCACGCCGCUACCAACAGCGUCUCUACCAAUCGGUGCUCAUCAAGGUCCUGUUAUGUUGACCGCGAAAAAUCUGCAAUGUAUGCGCGCGCUGUUGUCGCUGGCUCACUGUCACGGUAGCAUACUCGGUAGCGCGUGGCAUUUGGUACUGACCACUCUGCAGCAUCUCGUUUGGAUACUCGGUCUAAAACCUUCGACCGGGGGAUCGCUGAAAGCUGGACGAACGGCGGCUGAUCCGAACGCCGUACUGACGAACGCGGUGAUGGCCGAUUUACCGGUACUGAGCGCCAUGCUCAGCCGACUAUUCGAGAGCAGCCAGCAUCUCGACGAUGUGGCUCUACACCAUUUGAUAGACGCCCUGUGCAAGCUGAGCCACGAAGCUAUGGAGUUGGCGUAUUCGAAUCGCGAACCCUCGUUGUUCGCGGUUGCGAAACUGUUGGAGACAGGUCUGGUGAACCUGCCGCGCGUGGAAGUGCUCUGGAGGCCAUUGACCAAUCACCUGUUGGAAGUUUGCCAACAUCCGCACAUCCGUAUGAGAGAAUGGGGAGUGGAAGCGAUCACGUACCUCGUGAAAAUGGCCCUUCAGCACAAGUAUCCGCAACCGCUGCGUGAUAAUCAAAAGUUACAAACUUUGCUGCUAGGACCAUUGUCCGAGUUAUCGUCCGUACGUCACGGUGACGUCAGGCAACGCCAAUUGGAAUGCGUAUUGCAAGUGCUCCACGGCGCCGGGGAGACGCUCUACCAUGGCUGGCCUUUGGUCCUCGGUAUUAUAGGAGCGGUCUCCGAUCAUCACGGAGAAGCGUUGGUCCGCAUAGCUUUCCAGUGUCUGCAGCUAGUUGUAACGGACUUCCUGCCGGUGAUGCCGUGGCGGUGUCUGCCGUUGUGCGUCGACACAGCCGCCAAGUUUGGAUCGCAGACGCAAGAGUUGAAUAUCUCGCUUACAGCCGUAGGCCUUAUGUGGAACAUAAGCGAUUACUUUUAUCAGAAUCAAGAAAAGUUGUGCGCUUGCUUGCGCGGUGAGUCAUCGGUAUUCCCCGAUUUCCCCGGCACGACGAACAUGCCACCGUUCGACAAACUCUGGAUGUGCCUGUACGCGAGAUUAGGGGACUUGUGCGUCGAUUCGCGACCCGCCGUACGCAAAUCAGCCAGCCAAACUCUCUUCUCCACUAUAGCGGCGCACGGUAGCCUCUUGCAUCAGCCCACGUGGCAAGCAGUACUUUGGCAAGUACUAUUUCCACUGUUGGAUAAAGUGAGAAGUCUGUCGAACUCGGCUAGCAGCGAGAAGGUCGACACCAGCGGAAACAUACUUAUUCACCACAGUAGAAACACGGCACAGAAACAGUGGGCGGAAACGCAAGUGUUAACGUUGAGCGGCGUAGCCCGGGUAUUCAACACGAAGCGUCAACUGUUGCAAAUGUUGGGCGACUUCCCCAGAGCGUGGUCGUUGCUUCUCGAGUUUAUUGAAAAUUCGGCACUCAGCAAAAAUAACGAGGUGUCAUUGGCGGCGCUGAAAUCCUUCCAGGAGAUUCUCUUUCAGCCGAAGGGAAGCGACAACGGUGAAGCGACGAUUCAGUCCAGCGAUUCGGAGGGCUUGUGGACGGUGACGUGGCGAGUAUGGCUCAACAUCGGAAUGGAGAGCACCGCGCCACCGGUCGACGGUGACACCGAGCCUUAUGUACCGUCACAGGCGUUCCUCACCGCACUGAUGCACAUAUUCCCGGGCGUUUUCCAGCACAUUCGCAACAAAUUCACCAGUCCCGAUUUGCAAAAAUUGUGUAUUGUAUUGAAAAACGCAGUGGCCGUACCGGUGCACGGUGAAUCGACGCCGUAUAUCUUGCCAUCGGUGCCAGACGUGGUUCUCACGCAUUUACAGGACGAAGUCCUGCACUCUAUGGAACUCCUGCAGAAGGAGGCGCUAAAUGGGCCGGACAAUCUACGCACCAUGAUCGUCCUGAUAUUCCUUCAGUUAUUGAGCUUCUCCAAGCUCGCGUGCGAGGCUCCGAGCUACGGUAAAAUAGCAACGAAGCACAUCUCCCAAGUGAGAGGCGUGUCCGCCGAUUGGGUCACCAUGAAUUACGUUCCGUUUGGCGAGAAAGCUCUGUCAAUGGUCGUGAGCCUGUAUCAAAAAACCGCGCACGAGAUGGCCGUGAUCGAUGGUCAAGUGCUCAAGCACAUCGUAGAAGCGUUGCACGUACCAUUGUCCAUGAAAUACGCGUGCCCAUCUGCAACCACGUGGAAACUAGCCGUGACCAGUCUGUUGGCUGUCUUGCAUACUGGGCUACCGCUCGCCAGAAAGUAUCCCGAACAGUUUCAGAGUAUGUGGCUCGAACUCGCGAGCACGUUGGAUGAUUUCUUGUUCCCUAAAAGCGUACUGAAUGUAGAGCGAGGAGUUGAGGAGAUUCAGGCUGAUGAAGCGGUCGAUUGCCAAGUUAUGGAGUUGUUGAGGGACGAGGUCUUGCCACACUCCCAGCAUAUACCUCAUCAGUUUAUCCUGAGGGUCGUCAUGCUGUUAAAUAAAGGUUCGAUACAUUCGGCCACCACGGCAAACAUUGAGAAUGGAGCAGAAACAAAGCUACGAGAAGAGUUUGCAAAGACGUGUUUCGAAACUCUACUGCAGUUUUCGCUGUUGGACGGAUUGAACAACGAUACAGAGAGUAGUCCUAAAAAGAAUCCGGAGAACGAUGAGGGUGGAAUUGCCGGUCGGUUGGCAGUUACGGCUCUUUUACAUAGAUUCCAAGAAGUUUUGCGGCGAUACAUCGAGAGCGAAAGGCGGAGCGGAAAAUGUCCUUUACCCAGGUACAGAUUGUCAGAGAUAUCUUUUGUCCUGAAAGCUGUUGCUACUCUCGUAGUAUCGCUCAAAAAAGCGCCUCCUAAUAAAGUCGAAAGAUCUGUGUGGGAGCAACUUAUCGGAUUAUAUCCGUGCUUAGUGGAAUGCACGAUUGCCACUACCUCUGGACAGGUAUCCAGAUCGUUACGGGAGGCUCUAUUGCAAUAUCACGAUUUACUGCGGGCACCGGUCCACACCACACCAACGUCCAAUGGUGUUUGACCAAUGCAUUCUUUUCUUUUAACCGGAAACGCGGACUUGCGCUAAGCUAGCUGAGAUAUAGUGAUUCUUACAAUAAAAAUGAUAGAUUUGCCGCAUAAUUGCGCUCCAAUGAUUGAGCAAACGUCAAGCUCAAGCCUUUUGUUUUUGUUUGAAGUGACAUUUGUAUAGUCGCGUAUAAUCGCGAGAUAAUUUUACCAAUAGUUGCAAUAUAUUCCGUUUAUUUGUCAGUCCUUUUACGAUGUUGUAAUGCAAUAAUCAAAAUACAAACGGAGUUUCUACAUUAACUUUUUUCAUAUCAUGGGAAUUUUCUAUAAAAUUCCCGGAUGUUUGUUGUUUUUCAAUUGAGUUGAUCAUCAUGUCAGGAAGUAAUAAAAAUCUCUUUUUGCGAGAUUGUCAUCACCAGUGCAGUAACCAUGCGAAGAAUAUUGAAUACAAUAACAGUAGAGUUAUCAGCCUGAUUAAAUUAAACGUGAGAGAUAUCUAUGUGAAAUAAUAACAAACAAAACCUGAGAGGAAAGAUGUUUCCUGUUUGAGAUAACACAUGAAAUUGUAAGAAAGGAUUUAUUACCUUAAGUAUUACCCAGCAGAGUAGGAAUUAUGUGUUCGAAUAGUCUAAUUGGUAGUUUGUUGUUAUUGUUUCGUAUAUACAUGCACACGAAUGCUGUAUAUAUAUCUGCAAAUAAUGUACAAGUCAGCGUUUUUAAUUGGUGUUGUAAAUAUUAAUUAAUGAGGUGUGUGUGUGUGUGCGCGCGCGCGCGCUAUGUAAGGAUGUAGGAAAUACAAGGCGAUUUUAUAAAUAAUAUAAAACUUUAAUCUAUCAUUCUUACAAAUUGCGAGCGGUAUCGUAAAUUAUAUUAUCAGAAUGUAAAUAAAUCUAUGCAGAUGAAAUAAAACCCUCAAACGGGAUUAUUA